AUGGACCCUGUGAGCACUGCCUCUACAGUCUCUACUUCGGAUGCUGGCAUUGGUGCGCACGAGGAUGCGCUCCAAACUCUCCCUAUGACAAAGAGAAUUCUGUAUCAUCUUUGGGACGCUGAUCAACACUUGAAGUCUCCUAAGGAGCGUUCUUUGGUUCGAAAGCUAGAUUUUGGUAUUCUUAUUUGUGCAACGCUUGGAUGGUGGAUGAAAUAUAUCGACCAGAGUAAUAUCACAAAUGCUUACGUUAGCGGAAUGAAAGAGGACCUGAAUAUCCAAGGCAACGAGUACACUUACAUGCUAAUGUGCUAUACGAUUGCCUUUGCCAUCAUGCAGAUCCCAUCUAACCUAAUCGCCCUAAAGAUCCGCCCACGCUACUGCAUUAUUUUCUGUGAGCUGGGCUGGACGGCCUUCACGUUCGCUCAGGCUGCCGCCCAGAGCAGCAAUCAUAUGUACGCGUUUCGCUUCAUGAUUGGUCUCUUCGAGUCAGGAUUUUCUCCUAUCAUAAUCUUUCUCCUGGGCUCAUGGUAUACCAAACCCGAACUUGCCAAGCGGGUGGCUAUUUGGCAUAUUACUGGCUUUUUCGGUCAGGCUACUUCAGGCUUCCUUCAAGCCGGUGUUCACAAGUCGCUAAACGGACACCUCGGAAUGGCAGGGUGGAGAUGGAUGUACAUCGUAUGCGGAUGCAUGUCUCUUCCCGUAGCUCUCUCCGUGUGGUGGCUUCUACCCGACUACCCGCACAACACGACUGCCUGGUAUCUUACCGAGGAAGAUAAAGAAAUCGCCAUGCAACGGGCAGCAAAACAGGGAAAAGCUGAGAUAACCGGAAUAGUCGACUUGGAAUUGGUCAAACGUAUGUUCGGCAACUGGCGAUGGUGGAUAUUAUGUCUGAUGUACAUUCUCUACGGAAACUCGUGCCAAGCCAACAGCUACUUUGCCAUCUACCUUCGGGAGAAUGGUUAUAGUGUCACCCAGCGUAACAUCAUCCCUGCUUGCGCCAACCUCGUCACCAUGGUCACCGACUUUUUAUGGGGUUUUAUGUCUGAUAUGACGGGCAACCGACCUCUUUGGAUAAUUGGCCCUCUGAUGUGCACCACUGUCGUCGGCUCUUCUCUUCUGACGGCUUAUCCAACAACAAACGCGGCUCGUGUAGUCGGAUUCUUCCUAGUCGCCUGUGGUUACGUCACAGCCGUAACUUGGACUUGGGCGAAUGAGGUCAAUAACGGUAACGCUGAAGAACGUGCCUUAACCAUUUCCAGUAUGAAUGGGCUGUUCUAUGCAACGAACUCAUUUCUUCCUAUUCUCAUCUUUCCUCAGACCAUGGCGCCGAAAUUCGAGCGAGGAUUUCCUUCCGUUUUGUCAUUUGCUCUUGCUGCGGUUUUGCUAGUGUUAAUUGCAGACUACUUGCAUAAACGACAACUGCGACAGGAAUCCCAGAUAGCUGCAGCUGAACCUGUCUCCGAAGUUACCAUGGAGGACAGUGGGUUGAAGAGGGAGAAGGAGAUGGAUGAUAGACUAUCUGGAGCUAUUGAGCUCGUUCGAAACUCUUCCACCAUCAUUUGA